GGCAACUUUUACUCUGCACAGGUUUUGAUAAAUCUCUCCCAAUGUCUUGGUGCCAGUUGCCAUAGGACCAGAGGUAUUUGAGGUCCAUGCCUCAACAAGUCAGUGUUGUCUUGGUUGCAUGAGGAGGAUUUCCACAAUAAUAGCAUAUUUUGCUAAACUGGUAGGAAAUUCGAGAAUGAAGCACAAGGUGAUACCUCCAGCUGUCAGUGGACACCCAGAGUUUGAAAGAACCUUCAGAGCACAACAAAACUGUAUUGAAUUCUAUGCAUUAUUUUUGGUCGAUCUUUGGGCAGCCGGCUGGUUCUUUCAUCAAGAACUCGCUUCACUGUUUGGCUUAGUAUACAUCUAUGGGCGCCACCUCUACUUCUUUGGAUAUAUCCAGUCCGCUAAGAGCAGGCUAAAGGGAUUCUCUGUAAGCAAGAUGGCACUGAUUCUCCUACUGGUCAUGUCUGUGACAGGGAUCACUAACAGUCUUCUGGACAAAUACAUCCACCUCAACCUGCUAAAUAAAAUACGUCACAUAGUUCUAGGAUAAAGAGGAUGAUAACAUGGUUACUUUUCAUAUUCAAUACUAGAAUUUUACACUUAUUUUGCAAUAUGUUAUGCAUGUGGUUAGAGAUUCAUAAUAUGGCAUUCAGCAGUUUUGGUGCCCGCUAUAUUUUUUUUAACUCCAAAAUGUAUGCAGGGUUCUUUGUGUUAAAGGGGUAUUCCAGGCCAAAACUUUUUUUUUAUAUAU